AUGUAUUAUUUCUGGCUUCAACAGGCUAAACUUCCUCACUAAUUUUAAACCAAACCUUGUAUGUUUAAAAUUCACUUCCAAACGCUUGAAUCCAUAUCUAGUAUUCUGAUUGGAACGUUAGACCUUUUCUAAAACAAAACUAAACUUAUGAACACGUUAUAUUCCAUUAACUUACAGCUCGUAAAUCGUUCGAGGCUGUUUGCUUGCUAAGGUUACAUAACACCAGAGACAGACUUUCUUAAACUAUGCUCUUAAAGUUUUCUCGACCAUCAUUACUUAUUAAUUUUUUUCUGAACGGAAAUAGAAUCAAGAAAACAACUGGCCGACAUGAGCGGUGUUUUCUUGGCUCAAGACAGCGGUUCUGGAGCUCUGGGUACACUUCUGAAGAACACCCUACAGGUCAAACAGUGGUUAUUGAAAAGCAAGGUCCAGUGCUUACUGUGGGUAUUAACAGGCCAGAGGUGCGUAAUGCAGUGAACCAGGAGACAUCCCAGCGGUUAUUUGAAGAGUUUUCAGCUUUCAAUCAGGAUGAUACCUUGAGUGUAGCUGUGCUACAUGGAAUAGGGGGGAAUUUUUGUGCUGGUUAUGAUCUUAAAGAACUUUCCCAGGAUUCGGUUUCCCUCACACUGGAGCAAAAUGUUUCCCGAGGUCCUGCUCCAAUGGGUCCCUCUCGUCUGAGGCUAUCAAAGCCACUGAUUGCAGCAGUGAGUGGUUAUGCUGUGGCAGGGGGGUUGGAAUUGUCCCUACUGGCUGACCUCAGGGUUGUGGAAGCCAGCACCAUUAUGGGGGUUUUCUGCCGCAGAUUUGGCGUGCCACUUAUUGAUGGUGGGACGGUGCGGCUCCCACAGCUAAUUGGUUUGUCUCGAGCUCUAGACCUCAUUUUGACUGGAAGACCUGUAGGCGCUCAGGAGGCACUGGCAUUUGGACUAGCAAACAGAGUGGUACCAGAUGGAAAAGCCUUACAGGUCGCUGUUGAGCUUGCAGGGCAGAUAAGUUCCUUUCCUCAGCUCUGUCUCCGUGCUGACCGUAACUCUGCAUAUCAUGCAACUUUUGAUGCCACCUCGUUCACCCAGGCCAUGCAGUAUGAGACUAACUAUGGCCUGCCAAUAAUCACAGCUGAAGCUGUCCCCGGGGCAACCAGGUUCAGCUCUGGCAUUGGAAGAUCUGGAAAGUUCUCUUGAAAGACAUGAUAAAUGUGUUUUUACCCUCCAAUAAAAAUGUACUAUAAUUACUCGUGU